CACAGGCUGGGGGGAGGGGGAGGCUGGAGCACCCCAGCUCCAGACAGUGCGGUCCAGAGACUUCUGGGACAUAGGAAAUCAGGAGGCCAUGGCGCCGUCUACAUCUCUCCCUGCGUUUCCAGGGACCUCACCGGCCGCGCCUUCUCCCAAGGAGCUUCCUGGGCCAAGUGACUGGAUGACCAGUUUAUGAAAGGAAGGAAUGGGGGAGCUGGUGACCUUCAAGGAUGUGACUGUGGACUUCAGCCCUGAGGAGUGGGGUCUGUUGGCCCUGGAUCAGAGAGAGCUGCACAAGGAGGUCAUGCUGGAGAAUGCUGAGAACUUGCUCUCCUUGGGUAAAGAGCACUUCCUUUGGAAUCUGGAACUGCCAACAACAGGAUUUCCAGUUCCCAGAGAAGAUUUCUUCUUCCAUGUGGAGAGAAGAGGCCUGAGAGGCCUGAGGAACUCCUGUCCUGAUGCAGAGACGUGGUUUGAUAUGAAGGAGGUGAGUGCAAAUCUGAAAAUGAUCUCAUGGAAAGACCUUUUUCAAAAUAGUGACUACAGGGCUGUUCUUGCUAAGCACAAAAGAAACCACACUCUAGAGGAACACUGUGAAUGGAGUACACACAAAAAAACUUUAAGAAAGAGUUCCAGUACUGCUAAAGAUAAGAAUAUACAUCUUGAAGAGAAGACAUCUGAGUGUCCUGAAUGUGAUAAAUCUUUUAUUGCACUCUCUUCCUUUGCCAAGCACCAGAGAAUCCAUGCUGGAGAGAAACCUUAUGAAUGUAAGAAACAUGGAAAGACUUUGAGAGAGAGAUCUACUCCUGCUAAACAAGAGAGAAUUCACACAGAAAACCAAUCUUACAAAUGUAAUCAAUGUGGAAAGGAUUUCCAGUGUUAUUCCAAAUUGGCUCAACAUCAGAGAAUCCACACUGGAGAGAAAUCUUAUGAAUGUAAUGAAUGUGGAAAGUCUUUUACACGGAGUUACAGACUUCAUGAAAAUCAGAGAAUCCACACUGGAGUGAAGCCUUAUAAAUGUAAUCAAUGUGGAAAGACUUUCACAAAGCGUUCCUGUCUUUCUAUGCAUCAGAGAAUCCACACUGGAGAGAAGCCUUAUAAAUGUAAUCAAUGUGGAAAGGCUUUCACAAUGAGCUCCUGUCUUGAUGCACAUAAGAGAAUGCACACUGGAGAGAAGCCUUAUGAAUGUAACGAAUGUGAAAAGACUUUCACAAAUCGCUCCAGUCUUGCUAAACAUCAGAGAAUCCACAGUGGAGAGAAGCCUUAUGAAUGUAAUGAGUGUGGAAAGACUUUCAAACAAUGUUCCAGUCUUGCUGUCCAUUGGAGAAUCCACACUGGAGAAAAGCCUUAUGAAUGCAAUGAAUGUGGAAAGACUUUCAUACGGAUUUAUAGACUUCAUGAACAUCAGAGAAUCCACACUGGAGAGAAACCUUACAAAUGUUAUGAAUGUGGAAAGGCUUUCACAAAGCGCUCCCAUCUUGAUGCACAUAAGAAAAUCCAUACUGGAGAGAAACCUUUUAAAUGUACCAAAUGUGGAAAGGCUUUCAGAAAGCGCAGCCAUCAGAGAAUCCACAGUGCAGAGGAGGCUUAUGGAUGUAAACAAUGUGGAAAGACUUUCAAAUACAAAAACAGUCUUGAAAACCAUCAUAAAAUCCACACUGGGGAGAAGUCUUAAGUCGUAGGACUUCUACUAUAUUCAGUAGUGACUGUGGAAAGGCUUUCACACAGCACCACAGUCUUUAUAAACAUGAGAAAACCUAUACUGAAUGUAGAAACCUUCAAGCAAAACUCAAAUCUUGCUUAACAACAGAGAGUGUACAUUAGAGAAAAACUUUGAAUGUCUGGAUCAUUAUGAAGUUUUUAAUGUGUAUUAGUCCCUGACUAGACUUGGGAGAUCCCAUACUAGAUAUAAAAUCUCAUUCAUAUAAUCCAUGUGGAAAAACAUUCAGGCUCACUUCAUCCCUGAAUUGCCUCUAGCAAAUUCCUAGAAGAUUGAAAUCAUGGAUAAAGACAUAUAGAUGGAGGACAGAGCUUGUUAGUCAUCAGGGAUUUUCUGCUUGGGAAGAAAUCUCUUAUAGACUUGGCAUGCGAAGGUCUUUAGCCCAGGUUCAUCUCUGAAUUUAUAGCCGAGGAUACAGAGUGGAGAAAAGACUUACAAAUGUGCUGAAGGGAGACCUAUUUACCUGGAAGUUAAAGGUCACCAGACAUCACCAUAUACACACUGGAAAGAAAUAUUAUAAGAACUACAUUUGUAGAAAGACUUUCACCUGGAUCUCAUACUUUGUAUAGAAAUCUUGCUUCAGAUAAAAUUUAUUAAUAUAAUAAAUGAGGGAAGGCCUCUUCCUACA